AUGUGGUCCAUGAUAUGGCUCACGAUUUUGAUCUCUUGUCAAUUAAUCAAAGCCCAAUGUCCAACAAUCACUGAUACCGAUACUACCACCCAGACGGAAACUACUACGGACAGCUUAAUGAUCACUUCGACUACUACUAUCACUUUGGCUUAUUGUACUGAAACUUCCACUCACACUGAGACUACCACUGAACACUCUUCUACCGACACAUACACUACUACAACCGCUACAUCUACGAUUACAACAACUGAGACAAGUACCACUCCUACGGAGACUACUUCCACCAGGACUAUUUAUGUCAGGGAUGGUAUAACCGUGAUAGCUAAAAAAGCAAUUAUCGAACAAACGCCUACUCCCACUGCCACUCUAACCUUGCAAGAGAGAAGAGGAGGAAAGGGAAGAAGAGUUACUAAUGCUGACAGAUUGAAGUACGGAUUACCGCUAAACAAACCAUACAUAAGAAAACCAGGUCGGAAGAGACAAGCAGGACAGAAUGAUCCGAGCUGUACGACCGCCUAUGAAACGAUCACUCAGACAGAUACAGCUACCGUAACUCAGACCCCAACUGUUUAUGUGGAGGAGACCACUUGUCUCUUGACUUUGACUGAAGACGUUACUGGUAAGUGGUUAAUCAGUAUCUCUUAUCCUACUUUCUUGGCAUCAAACCGAGAAUACAUUAAGGUAACCGAUACAAUAUGGGAUUACGAUUCUCGUAUUUUAGAAACAAACACAUUCACCACUACAGACACAUUAACCCAUACUAGUGUAACUCAGGCUUCUCCAACUGUCACCACUGAUCAUCUCACUGUGACUACCACUCAUACCAACGUCGAGACGGUCACUAUCAUCUAUUAG